GAAUAAGAGAGUGAUAGUUGGCGAUCCAAAGAAAGAGAGACAGCGAGAGAGAGAGAGAGAGAGAGAAACUCGAGGAAAGCGAGCGAGUUCGGAAGGGUUUAGAAAGGUUGUGCUGUGUGUGUGUGUAACUGGACUGGACACCCUUACGGUGACAGGCAGGAGCUCUGGAGAACUGAGAGAGGGCGACGUGGAGAAGGGGGUCCCGAGAUGAAGUGGGGGCUGCUAGCGGUGUUGGCCGGCUGCGUGUGGGGCCUGGUCCGGUGCGGUGCCCGGCCACGCGAUACACAGCAGCGACUCGUCGGCUGGAGGGCCCCGCUGACCCCCAGGGUGGCAGGGCGACCCCCGACCCCAGGUCCGACCUGGAAGCUCCCGGAAGAAGCCGGCCCGCGCCCCGGCAGACUGAAGAAAACCCCUGAGGCCACGCCCAGCCCCCGGGUCACCAAAGUGAGCGGCACGUGCGCCGUUGGUGGGAUCCUGCUGUACGAGGGGGCCCUCUGGUCCCCUCAGCCCUGUAUGCUCUGCGCCUGCGAGGAGGGCCGGGCGGUCUGCGAGGUCAUCGAGUGCCCGCCGACUCCGUGCCGGAGGGUCCACACACCUCAGGGCCGCUGCUGCCCAGUGUGCCAGUCGGACGCCACUCGGGGUGGCAUCAACGGUCAAGGUGUAGAGGUCGCACUAACUGGAAGUCACGAGCGCCCCCAAGUCAACAACAAGGAGGGCAAGAGAGAGCCAAAGAGCCAGAGGACAAGCAGGCAUGGAAAGGCGAUGGGAUCUGCCCGUGGGAGUAACCAACGCCCAACGUCCCCCCCGUGGGCGCGAGGGAGGAAACCGGAGAAAAGCACCAAGAAACGGGCGCUUGGCGUUGAGAAGCAAGCCUGGCCGAAGAGCCCAAAGCUGGGCCACCAGCAACCGGAAACAGCCAUUAGGCCUCGGGGGUCGGUCUCGAAAACACGGGAGGUCGGCCCUGGGAAACAGGGUGUGGUGACUGAAUCGGGCCCCGCGAAACCGGCAGCGGGCCUCGCGAAACCGCAACCGGGCCUCGUCAAGCCAAAGCUCGGAUCCUGGAAGCAGCAAGCUGGCCUGAAGUUGCUGGAAGCCGGCCUCAAGAAAGCAGAAGUGGGCCUUAAGAAGUUGGAGAAAAGCCUCAGUAAGCCAGAGUUAGGCCUUAAGCUGGAAACCGGCCUCAAGAAACUGGAAGCGGGCCUUAAGAAUCAGGAGAAAGGCCUCAAUAAGCCAGAAGUAGGCCUUAAGCAGGAAACAGGCCUCAAUAAACCAGAAGUAGGCCUUAAGCAGGAAAAAAGCCUCAAUAAACCAGAAGUAGGCCUUAAACAGGAAACAGGCCUCAAUAAACCAGAAGUAGGCCUUAAGCAGGAAAAAGGCCUCAAUAAACCAGAAGUAGGCCUUAAGCAGGAAAAAGGCCUCAAUAAACCAGAAGUAGGCCUUAAGCAGGAAACAGGCCUCAAUAAACCAGAAGUAGGCCUUAAGCAGGAAAAAGGCCUCAAUAAACCAGAAGUAGGUCUUAAGCAGGAAACAGGCCUCAAUAAACCAGAAGUAGGCCUUAAGCAGGAAAAAGGCCUCAAUAAGCCAGAAGUAGGCCUUAAGCAGGAAAAAGGCCUCAAUAAGCCAGAAGUAGGCCUUAAGCAGGAAAAAGGCCUCAAUAAGCCAGAAGUAGGCCUUAAGCAGGAAAAAGGCCUCAAUAAGCCAGAAGUAGGCCUUAAGCAGGAAAAAGGACUCAAUAAGCCAGAAGUAGGCCUUAAGCAGGAAAAAGGCCUCAAUAAGCCAGAAGUAGGUCUUAAGCAGGAGAAAGGCCUCAAUAAGCCAGAAGUAGGCCUUAAGCAGGAAAAAGGCCUCAAUAAGCCAGAAGUAGGCCUUAAGCAGGAAAAAGGCCUCAAUAAGCCAGAAGUAGGCCUUAAGCAGGAAAAAGGCCUCAAUAAGCCAGAAGUAGGCCUUAAGCAGGAAAAAGGCCUCAAUAAACCAGAAGUAGGCCUUAAGCAGGAAAAAGGCCUCAAUAAGCCAGAAGUAGGCCUUAAGCAGGAAAAAGGCCUCAAUAAGCCAGAAGUAGGCCUUAAGCAGGAAAAAGGCCUCAAUAAACCAGAAAUAGGCCUUAAGCAGGAAAAAGGCCUCAAUAAGCCAGAAGUAGGCCUUAAGCAGGAAAAAGGCCGCAAUAAGCCAGAAGUAGGCCUUAAGCAGGAAAAAGGCCUCAAUAAGCCAGAAGUAGGCCUUAAGCAGGAAAAAGGCCUCAAAAAGCCAGAAGUAGGUCUUAAGCAGGAAAUAGGCCCCAAGAAAGCAGAAGUAGGCCUCAAGAUAUCAGAGGUUGGCCUCAAGAAACCAAUAUUGGGCCUCAAGACACCAGGAAUGGUCACCGAAGUAGGCCUCAAGAAACAGGAAAUAGGCCUCAAGAAAUCAGAGGUUGGCCUUAAGAAACCAAAAGUGGGCCUCAAGACGCCAGGGGUGGUCACCGAAGUAGGCCUCAAGAAAGCGGAAGUAGGCCUCAAGAAAGCGGCAGUAGGCCUCAAGAAAGCAGCAGUAGGCCUCAAGAAAGCGGAAGUAGGCCUCAAGAAAGCGAAAGUUAACCGCCAGGGGUCGGGAGUGGUUGCCGACGCAGGCUCAACAAAACAGGGAGAGGCUGGCAAGAAGCAGGAAGCGGCUCGCAAUGUGGGCAAGGAGGCCGCGCCCAAAGGGCAGAAGCUGGCGACUGAAGCGUUGGGCGGGGAGGGCGCCAGGGCGCACGAGUCAACGCCCACGAAACAGGCUGCCGGGCCCGGGAAGGGACUGACAGCUCGGUUGAGGCCCGACGGUGGGGACGAGGUGCCGGCGGCUGCUGGAAAGACACCGGGGAAAUCCCCGAGCGCCAAGGAGCCCCGACCGGCAAGCAAAGCGGACGCAGCCGGCGCCACCUCUGCCCCCUUCCCCCAGGAGCUCCUACCCCCGCCGGAGAGCCAAUUCAAUAUGCCAUCCCUCCCCGUGGGGUGCAUACUCGCGGAGAGCGCCAUUGCUUGCCCGCUUGCCAAACUGAUCGAGAUCCCCAGGCUGGCGGACCCUGGCUUGCUCACUCUCUACCUGGCAGACAACGGCAUCACCAGAGUGUCAGCCUCUCACUUUGCUGGCCUCCCUAAUCUUCAAUGGCUGGAUCUCAGCAGGAACAAGAUCUCAGACAGAGGACUGGACCGGGACGCUUUCCAGAACCUGACCAAACUCAGGAGACUCCACCUGGAUGGGAACCGGAUUCACCGCCUUCCGAUCCUGCCCCUGUCCCUCGAUGACCUGAAGCUGAACGAUAACCGGCUGGAGGCCUUGGACCGCAGCAGCUUCCGAGGUCUCCACUGCCUCCUGACCCUCGAGCUGGAAGGCAACGAGCUCAACGACGGCAACUUCAACCCCAACGCCUUCCGGCCGCUGAAGAAGCUGAUCUACCUGCGCCUUGGCCGCAACCGGUUCCGGGCGAUGCCUUCGGGACUCCCUCCGUCCUUGAGGGAGCUUCAUUUGGAGAACAACCACAUCGAGGAGAUCCCUGGGGGGCUCCUGAACAAGACCCUCGACCUCACCACCGUGGUGCUGCGCCACAACCGGCUCCAGGAGAACCGGAUCGCCCCUCAAGCCUGGAUCCACCUGCGCAAGUUGGAGAACUUGGACCUGUCCCACAACCGGCUGGUCCAUGUGCCCUCCUUCCUGCCCGUGGGGCUGAAGCAGCUGCUGCUGCACCACAACCAGAUCGAGCGCAUCCCCGGCUAUGUCUUCGCCCACCUGCAGCCGGGCCUGGAGUUCCUGCACCUGUCCUACAACCAGCUCCGGAACGAGGGCAUCCACACCGUCUCGUUCCUGGGCCUUUACACGUCUCUGCAGGAGCUGCUCUUGGACCACAACCAGCUGAGCGCCGUCCCCCAGGGGAUCCUCAACCUGCGAGUCCUCCAGGUCCUGCAGCUCAGCGACAACCAGAUCAGGUACGUCCCCUUGGACUCUGUCUGUGACACCCGGAUCAGUGAGGAUUCAAACCUGGUCUCCGUUCACCUGGAGAACAAUCUGAUUGACCGACGCCUCAUUCCGCCCACGGCCUUCUCUUGUAUCCAGUCGUACCAGAGCGUUCGACUCAGGCCACAACGGUUUGAAGACUAGUCAUCCCCACCCCCCACCACACGCCCGACUCCGUACCCCAAACCCCUGCCCAAAUACCCCAACCUACACCACUCCCACUCCACCCAGUACCUGACUCCAUCCCCCUAACCACCCCCCCCACAACCCCCAAUCGAUACCACCCUCCACUCCCA